AUGAAACUCUUGUCAAUUAUGUUGUUGGUGCUCUUGAUGAGUACUCUUGUUGUUGUUUUUGGACAACAAUCAAAUAUUAAUAAUUCAACAGGUGUUGGCAUUCAUGUUGAUGAAUUGGUUGAAUAUUAUUUAGGAGAUCCAUCCGAUCGUCUCUCAAAGGAAGCAAAAAUUUUAACUCCUCUUGAUGAACGUUGUGUAGGCACACAAAAAUCAUGGACAACAGCUUCUAUCUUGUCAUUGAUUCUAGGAGGUCUAGGAAUUGAUAGAUUAUAUAUUGGACAUGUAGGAAUUGGUCUUUUAAAAUUGUUUCUUGGUUUGGCCUUGUUUGGAUUUUCCAUCUUCAGAUGCUGCUUUACCUUUGCUUUUGAUACCCAAAAAUUCAAUAGAAAGAACAGUAUGAUGUGGUUGAGUUUUGUUAGCUUGGUGACAAUAUUCUCAUUUGUUCAAUUCUUAUUGUGGAUAAUUGAUUUGGUUCGUAUCAUGACCAACUCUGUAUUGGACGGAAACAAUUGUCCCCUCAGUUACUCUAGCUAGGAAUUUUGAAUCUUACAUUCCAAUAGAACAUGAAAAGACAAAGGAAGUCCAACUCCAAUGGAUGCACAAAUUACAAAUUAUUGUUUGUAAUUUAUAAUUUAUUCGUACGUGGAGUUGAAAAGUUUAACCUCAAUAUUUCCACUCCAAUCUCCUCGGGGCUCAGAUCAGAACUGUGAAGUUCCAGCACGUAUUGUAAGUGUAUACAACUGUUGCAGUAAACAAUUGCUCUUCAAGUUGCGUUUAUACAGUAACUUGAUGAUGGGUGGUUUUAUUUUACAAUGAGUGAAAUCUCUGAAACAACCUCAUCAAAAUUAUCGGCUUUUCUCUGAGAAGAAUCUGUUUUGAACAGUUCGAAGGGGUGUAUCUGAGCUGUACAACCAUUCUCCUUAAAUAAAUUGUAAACCUUCUCCU